AUGUGCAAUUUAGUCUUUGAACCUUUAUCGCAGUCUUUAUUGGUGAAGUUGCCAAAUGGAGAGACUGUUUGGUGUUCUAAGGUUACCCUAGGUUGUCCUUUGAUGAUUAGUGGAAUGAUUCUUAAAGCAGAUCUGAUAAUGUUUAAGCUACUUGAAUUUGAUAUUAUUUUAGGUAUGGAUUGGUUAUAUCAGUAUUUUGCCAGUAUUAAUUGCCGUAGUCGGAUAGUUAGUUUUCAACUACCCGGAGGGGAGUAUUUAGAGUUUGCUGGGAGUAAAGUUAAGUCAAAACCUACAGUUAUAUCUGCCAUUCAAGCAAGUAGAGACUUGGCAAGUGGAGCUGAUGCUUUCUUAGUUCAAGUAAUGUCUGUACUUUCGGAAAAGAAAUUUCUAGCAAAAAUUCCGAUUGUGGAGGAGUUUUCCGAUGUAUUUGUGGAUGAUUUACCUGGCUUACCACCUGUUCGUGAUUUGGAGUUCGCCAUCGAUCUAGAAUCCGGUGCGGCACCAGUUCAUAAGGCCCCGUACCGAAUGGCGCCAGCAGAAUUGAAAGAGCUGAAAAGUCAACUACAAGAACUAGAUCAGGAUAUACCUAAGACUGCCUUUAGGUCUAGGUAUGGGCAUUAUGAGUUUAAAGUGAUGCCUUUUGGUUUAGCCAAUGCCCCUGCAGCCUUUAUGGAUAUGAUGAAUAGGGUAUUUCGACUUUAUCUAGAUUCCUUUGUGAUUGUUUUUAUUGAUGAUAUAUUAGUUUAUUCUCGAGAUCCGGAGCAGCACGCUAGUCAUCUUCGUUUGGUUUUGAGUAAGUUGAGAGAACAUCAGCUUUAUGCAAAUCUGAAUAAAUGUGAAUUUUGGUUGGAGGAGAUUAAGUUUCUUGGUCAUGUUAUGUCCCGGGAUGGCGUAGCAGUUGAUCCAAGUAAGAUCGAAGCUGUCUUAGCAUGGCCGCGUCCUUCAACGGUACAUGAAAUUCGAAGCUUCUUGGGACUUGCUGGUUACUAUCGAAGGUUUGUGGAGGGCUUUGCUCGAUUGUCUGGACCUCUCACUUCACUUACAAGGAAAAAUGUGGAGUUUGUCUGGUCUGACAAGUGCGAGAAAAGUUUUCAAGAAUUGAAGAAGAGGUUAACUACAGCACCUGUGUUGGCACUUCCAGAACCUCAUAAACCGUUUGUAGUUUUUAGUGAUGCUUCCAAAUUUGGUUUGGGAUGUGUUCUUAUGCAGGAAGGAAAAGUCGUGGCAUAUGCAUCUCGUCAAUUGAAAGAUCAUGAAAGGAAUUAUCCCACUCAUGAUUUGGAGUUAGCAGCUGUGGUUUUCGCUCUCAAGAUUUGGCGAUACUAUUUAUAUGGUGAGACCUGUGAAAUUUUCACUGAUCAUAAAAGUCUUAAACAUCUCUUCUCGCAGAAAAAUCUUAAUAUGAGACAGAGGAGAUGGUUAGAGUUAAUCAGUGAUUAUCAAUGUGAGAUUAAAUAUCAUCCUGCAGCUUUGGGCACCAAGUUAAAAUUCAGCAGUGCUUAUCAUCCUCAAACUGACGGCCAAUCAGAACGCACUAUUCAGACCCUUGAGGAUAUGUUGCGAGCCUGUGUUUUGGAUUUUAAAGGAAGUUGGGAAAAUCAUCUAUCGCUUAUAGAGUUUGCUUAUAAUAACAGUUUUCAAGCAACUAUUCAAAUGGCCCCUUAUGAAGCUCUUUAUGGGAGAAAAUGUAGGUCUCCCUUGUUUUGGGAUGAAGUCGGCGAAGGUAAUCUACUUGGACCAGAAAUUAUUCAGGAAAUGAGAAAUCAGGUUCAAGUUAUAAGAAACAAGAUGGCAGCUGCUCAGAGUCGUCAAAAGAGUUAUUCGGACACGAGGAGAAGAGAUUUAUUAUUUGAGGGUGGUGAUUGGGUUUAUCUUAAGGUUUCUCCAAUGAAAGGUGUUAAGCGUUUUGGUAAAAAGGGGAAACUUAGCCCGAGAUAUGUUGGUCCUUUUCAAAUUCUGGAGAAGGUUGGACCCGUUGCUUAUCGUAUUGCCUUGCCUGAAUAUUUUGGAGAGAUUCAUGAUGUCUUCCACGUGUCGUCAUUAAAGAAGAGCUUUGGGCAGCAAGAACCGCGUUUCGUUGACCCCGGAAGCAUUCAACUUCGGCCUGAUCUCACGUAUGAAGUUGUUCCAACUCAGAUCUUGGAUAGAAAGGAACAACAGUUGAGAUCUAAGUCGAUACCAUUAGUUAUGGUAUCAUGGGGAGAUCCUUUGGCUCAGGAUUUCUCUUGGGAAAGAGAGGUAGAUAUGAGAAAAUUCUACCCUUACUUGUUUGGGUAG